AUGGUCGCCAGGCCCAACGCCGUCACCGUCCUGCGCCGAUUCCUGCCGCUCCGUCCCAGCCAUGAUAUGAUCGAAAGUCUGAAGAAAAGCCUGAAGUCCCUGCUCCCUCUGUUCACCCGUUCCGAGCUGCAGGGGAUUCCAGACCCUCGUGGCCAAUUGCCAGUUCUGCACCCUUUCUCUGCUGAGGGCAACUUGGUCUCCGACGAGAGACAACUUUGCAGUGCUUUCGACGUUGCUAACAUGGCCAGGGCCGCUGCUCGACUCGCUGUUAUCGAUUAA